AUGGGUCUCCUCGCACAGCUCUCCCGCAAGACCGGUGUCAUCGUCGGUGACGAUGUCCUCCGUCUCUUCGAGCACGCCCAGGCUAACAACUACGCCGUUCCCGCCAUUAACGUCACAUCUUCCUCCACUGUCGUCGCCUCCCUCGAGGCUGCUCGCGAUGCCAAGUCUCCCAUCAUCCUGCAGGUUUCCCAGGGUGGUGCCGCUUACUUCGCUGGUAAGGGUGUCAGCAACGAUGGCCAGGCUGCUUCCAUUGCUGGUUCCGUUGCCGCUGCCCACUACAUCCGUAGCAUUGCCCCUGCCUACGGUAUUCCCGUUAUCCUGCACACCGACCACUGCGCCAAGAAGCUCCUCCCUUGGCUCGAUGGUAUGCUCGAUGCCGAUGAGGCUUACAACAAGCUUCACGGCGAGCCCCUCUUCUCCUCCCACAUGAUUGAUCUGUCCGAGGAGCCCGUUGACUACAACAUCAACACCACUGCCGCCUACCUUAAGCGCGCUGCCCCCAUGAAGCAGUGGCUCGAGAUGGAGAUCGGUAUCACCGGUGGUGAGGAGGACGGUGUCAACAACGAGGAUGUUGACAACAACUCCCUCUACACUCAGCCCGAGGACAUCCUUGCCAUCCAGAAGGCCCUCGCUGCCAUCAGCCCUUACUUCUCCAUUGCCGCUGGUUUCGGUAACGUCCACGGUGUCUACAAGCCCGGUAACGUCCGUCUGCACCCCGAGCUGCUCUCCAAGCACCAGAAGUACGUCCAGGAGCAGCUGGGCUCCAAGUCUGACAAGCCCGUCUACUUCGUCUUCCACGGUGGUUCCGGUUCCUCCAAGGAGGAGUACAAGGAGGCUAUCAGCUACGGUGUCGUCAAGGUCAACGUCGACACUGACAUGCAGUACGCAUACCUGUCCGGUGUCCGGGACUUCAUCCAGAACAAGAAGGACUACCUCCAGACCAUGGUUGGUAACCCCGAUGGUGCUGACAAGCCCAACAAGAAGUUCUUCGACCCCCGCGUGUGGGUUCGUGAGGGUGAGAAGACCAUGUCCCAGCGUACUAAGGUCGCUCUUGAGGACUUCAACACUUCCAACCAGCUGUAAAAAGAUGUGUUGUGUUUUUGUUUCUUAGGAAUUCCCCC